GAAAUAUUCGGUCUCGACUUGUCAGUGUUUUCUACCUGGACUAGGCUCCCAGGUUGCUAGGAAAUAUAAUACCUACUCCAUAGAUACCCACUCGCUUACUGGAUGCCAAGAUGGAAACGCCAGCCAUCCCAAUGCCGAAAGAUGAGCGGGAGCGACAUAUACUAGGCAAGUUGUCGCUGAUUCGUGACCAGCUACUCCUCCUGAAGAGGGACCGGACAAAUUACAUCCGCAGCCAAGAUGUCAUGGUCCUGUACGAGCAAGUGGUGGAGCAGGUCAAGGAGCUGAACCAAAUCCGGAAGCACGAAGAGGACAAGCGGGAGAAUCGACUCGAUAGGGUUUUGGAGAGCUGCUUUCAACUUCUCUCGCUGUUCUUCAUGACGAUCGGCCGCACAACCGAGGCACCCGCCGCGUAUGCCCUGACAUCGACCAUCAAGCGCCUAGUCGACCACCUGACCGAGGCCGGUCUGUUCUCAGCAAAGGACCUGGACAGUAUAUCCAACACUCUCGGCAAUCUGUAUGCCAUCCUCAAGAACCCGAACUCGGCGCAUUCCCCAUACAUGGUAGAGCUGCUGGCGAACCGCGUGGAGCUCUGCAAAACCUCGCUUGCCAAUUUGCGGAAACGGCUACAGCAGUGGGACGAGCCUCUUCCGGCUAUCCACGAGAAGCUGAUUUCUAUACUGCGGUCCAUGUCGCUCGCAAGCACAAAGGCAAAGUUCUCUACAACCGAAGUGCAGAAACUGCAAGCGCAGCUCCAGGAGAUUGAGGCGUCUAGAGUCGGCGGCAAGUUUGUCAACUCGGAAGGCAAAGUUCCCAGUGGUAGCGACGAACUGUCGGAUCUACUAAGCCGGUGCUUACGGUGGUCUGAUAUUGUACUCGAGAGACAAGGAGGGAUCCCCGAGAACUUCCGUGCCAAAUACGAGGUCCUGAUAGGGAUUCGCAACGACCUAGAGAAGCUGUCCCUCACGCAGGCGUGGUCCCUGCGCGAGACGGACCUGUACGACUUCCAGCGCGAGUUGGAUAAGAUUGACGAGAGCCGGGUAGACGGCAACUGGCUGGAUGACGAAGGCCAACCAGCCGAGCUCUACGUCCAGCGCACCCUGCUGUACCUGAUCCGCCGCAGCUACGGCUACAUCUACUACCUCAUGAUCUCGUCGGAGCCCGUAUCGGAGGCGCUGCUGCCGAUUUAUAACCAGCUCCAGACGCUGAAGCGGUGCCUGCUCGAGGUCAAAAACUCGGGGGGCGUGAGUACAGUGCGGGAGCUUUAUCCCUAUAGCAUGAAGCUGCACUCGAUCGAUAACAUGAGAGUCGACGGCAAGUUCAUGGUAGGUAACGACAUCCCCGAAGGCCAGGGAAGCGUUAGCGAGCUCUUGGCCGAGUGUUUCGAUCUGAGCUACGAACUGCGCGUCGCCGUUGAGGAGCAACCUGCUGUGACAGCGGAUGCGUAGGGGAACGAGCCUGGUGCAUUUCCUCUAGGUCGUUUUACCCCUCGUCUCCACGCUAUACUUGUUUCUUUUUUGUUGUCUAUUCGUUGAAGCCCUCUAAAAUCCCAAGGAAGAGUCGGAACUUUUACGGGUUAUGCAUGACUUACUCUCCCACGAAACUUGUGCUUGUUUGCGCGCCUGUGCUUUUCACUUUUUGAGGGCUUUAUUCUUUUUGUUUGUUU